UUUAAUUGCUGUAAAACCCAUGUAAAAUUUGUUUAUUUGAACACUGUUUUGCCAUUUAAGAACUGUCAGUGCAUAAAUAUUGUCUUAACAAUUUGCAUGGGUGAUAUCAGAAGUUCAGAUUAACUCCACUAAAAAGUGCUGUGUUUACACGGUAACAGUUGUGAAGUCAUCUGCUUCACCAUGCAAUUAAAUUUAUUUAUGUGGACAUUUUUUUAAGGGGACUGAAAAAAUGUUCCUUGCCAGGCUAGGCACCAGACCACAUGUGUCAGGGAUAGAGGCUGAUGUGUUCGGAUCUGGCCCUCAGUGCAAAGAUGUCAUUGAAAUAUAUGGGGAGGAGGGGACAGGCAAAUCAGAGUUCCUCAGUCACUUGAUAGUGCAGUGUAUCCUCCCAGAGGCCUGGAGCUCCAUAGAUCUAGGGGGUCGGGGGGCCAGCGUGAUUUUCAUCGACACUGAGUACAAGUUCUCAAUACUGCGACUUGUCAGUCUGAUGGAAAAACAAGUGCUACAGAAACUGGCCGAUUGUGGCAAAGAGUUCAGGUUGGAUGCUAGUCAGAUUGAAGUGUUCAUUGAGGAAUGCUUAGAAAGAUUGUACAUUGUGAGGUGCUCAUCAAGUGAGGAACUUGUGAUCACUCUGCAUUCCUUAGAAGGCGUGAUUUGUAAUGACCCGAAUAUCUCCUUAGUGAUGAUUGACAGCAUCUCGGCAUUCUAUUGGCUGGACCGUUCUCUAGGCGGCGACAGCAUCCCCGCGCAGGAAGCAAACCUUAAGCUGACAGUGGAAGCGCUAACAAAACUUGUAAACACUUACAAUCUUGUUUUAUUCGCAACAAAGUCUGCUGUGUAUAAGAAGAAGUCACAAGACUCUGUUGGGUUUGACCGUGGAUCAGGCGUGUAUGAUAUGAGCAAUACUGGCUGUGGAAGGAACUGUCUCUCAGAAGACCUUGACCUGCUCCAUGCAGAAUUCAUGUGCAAGCCUUGGCAGAGGUUUGUGAGUCACAGGCUGAUUCUAGUGAAGGAUACAGGGAACCAAGCGUCUGAUGCUGGGAACCAAACAUUUGUAAUUGGAGGAGAUUGUGUGAAAGGGAAUCAGAGGUUCAAAGUAACCCAGGCUGGGUUCAAACUUGUCGAUGAGUAAAAAACAAAAGAUUAGAACUUGUUAAAAGUUGUUUAGUUUAAUUUUAAGCGCGGCUGUUUUCGGAGAAAAGCAGAGGUAUAGCCAGCUUGUCUGCUGUGCUAAAACUUUAACAUUGGCUCUAAAAUCAAAGUGCUUCCACCUACAACUUUGAAACUUCAUAUGUGGAUGCACCUUGAUGAUUUCUACACGCCACACCCAUUUUUGGGUCACUAAUUCAAAGGUCAAGGUCACUGUGACAAAAAAAAUUAUUCUGACAAGGUUUCAUUAAUUAAAAAAAGCACCCGCAGCAGAGCGUUGGCACCCGUCAUGCGGUGCUCUUGUUCUUAAUUUACAUGUGUUGCAGAAAAUGUGUAUGCCCCCAGAACAUAGGUUCUGGGGGCAUAUUAAAAUCCCACCGUCCAUCAGUCAGUUAGUUGGUUAGUCCGUCCGGAUUAGUUUCCGCUCAAUAAGUCAAGCAAUUGUCAUCAGAUCUUCACCAAACUUCAUGAAAAUGUGUAAGGCAAUAACAUCUGGGUCAAGUUCGAUAAUUGGCCAAAUUGACCCAGACACUCCUUAGUUAAGGCCCUUGAAUCAUUGUAAAAUUGUUUUUUUUUCUCAUUUCCGCUCAAUAACUAGAGCAAUUGUCAUCAGAUCUUCACCAAACUUCAUGAAAAUUUGUAAGGUAAUAACAUCUAGGCCAAGUUCCAUAAUCGGCAAAAUUGACCCACACACUCCCGAGUUACGGCCCUUUAAUCAUCGUAAAAAAACUUGGCUGUAGAGAAACCUUGAAAACACUCUGGAAGUCACAAUUUUUACUCAAUCAUCAUGAAAGUUGGUCAAAACAUUGGUUUUAUUGAUUUCUCGGAUGAGUUCGAAUAUGGUCCAGAUCGGUGAAAAAACAUGGCCGCAAGUGGGCGGGGCAUUUUUCUCUAUAUGUAUAUAGUGAAAACAUGUCAACACUCGCAUUUUUUAUGUCAACACUCUAGAAGUCGCAUUUUUGGCCCAAUUUUCAUGAAAUUUUGUCAGAACUUUUGUUUCCUAGAUACGUGAGUUAAGUUUGAAAAUGGUUCCAGGUCCGUUGAAAAACAUGGUUGCCAGGGGGUGGUGGCAGUUUUCCUUAUGUUUAUAUUGUAAAAAGGCUUGUAAACUAUCCUGAAUUAAGGUCAUGUAACAUGGGAUACAACUCUCUUAAUAUUGCAUUUAAGUUUACAGUAGUUACUCCCCUUUGAUUAUUAAUGUUUUCAUAAUAAUACCGUGUAGGUGUGUCAUUUAUGUGUUAAUUGUUAUUCGAGGUUGGAUGUUUUUAUGCCCCCUUUCGAAGGGGGCAUAUAGUGAUUAGACUGUCCGUCUGUCUGUCUGUCUUUCCGUCACACUUUGCGUUUAGGUUUCGAAAAAUGCUCAUAACUUAUAUGUCCCUUGAGAUAUAACCUUCAUAUUUGGUAUGCAUGUGUAUAUGGACAAGGCCUUUCCAUACGCAUAAAAUUUGGUACCCUUGUGACCUUGACCUUGAACUUAGGGUCCGCGUUUAGGUUUCGAAAUCUGCAUUUAGGUUUCGAAAAAUGCUACAACUUCUAUCAAAGCGUUUAUAGGGGGCAUAUGUCAUCCUAUGGUGACAGCUCUUGUUAAUUAUUAUUUGAACUUAAACAUGGUUUGUAGUACUAUGUGCUACGGAAAGAGGUUUAUCAUGCAUUUAAAUUCAGUGUUGAUGUUUAGAAACUUUGCUACCAACUGCUGUUUUGGAUAAUAAAUUUAAACUUUGA